GCCAUUCCAUCGUGAGGGAAUGAAUCCAGUUUUGGCAGAAGAUAAGUUUCCUCUCCCCAAGAUAGAUCUUGCAGCCAUUGUGUUUUUCCUCCCUUCCGUAUGAAAUUGACCAAACCAUUCUUUGAUUCUGGAGACUGUGUGAAAUCUGGAUUUUUAAUUGUUGGGUGGUUUGACUGAUUUUCUGCUGAAAAUUGGAUUGGUGCUACCAUUUGGAUUGGGAAAAUUAAACAGGAAGACAUGACAAGUAAAGGUUGGAGAUGGAUUUUGGGGUUGAUAUACAUUGUUGCCGUUGCCACCAUUUGGAUUGGUGCUAGUUUUUUGGUUCAGUCCGUGGUUCAUUUAGGAGUUUCUCCUUUCCUUAUCACAUACAUAUGCAAUUCAUUGGUCAUCAUUUAUAUCCCCAUAUUUGAAAUUGGGCGAUAUGUAGAGAAAAAGUAUGGCAGUUUGUGGUUUUGGUGGAAUAGGAAAAGUGAUGAUAUUAGCCCUUUGCAAGGACCGGCGGAGUUGGAGAUGGAAAAUUUACUUGCAGAAGUGGAUUUAGGUGUGAAAGCUGAUGAUCUGGAUCCAUCCAUGUCUGCGGAGGAAGGCGAAAUAAGUCAGCAUGGAGGAUCUGAGUAUGAGAGUGAAAGGGCUUUGGAUGAUCGAGCUGUAAUGGGUGAGGAGGCUGACAAGAGAUUGGAUGCAAAGGGACGUUGGACUAGGAUGAGAGUCGCGGAAGUCAGCCUUCUCAUUUGCCCAUUCUGGUUCUUUGCGCAGUUCACUAGCAAUCUGUCCCUAAAGUACACUAGCAUCACGUCAAACACUAUCUUGAGCACCUCAUCAAGUCUAUUCACAUUUUUGGUCUCUCUGGCAUUCUUGGGAGAGAAAUUUACAUGGCUAAAGCUGAUUGCCGUUCUUCUAUGCAUGGGAGGAACGAUCAUUGUUAGUGUGGGCGACUCGGGGUCAGCACCUUCCCGAAAGGACACUGCUCUUCUUGGAGACAUCCUGGCUCUUGUCUCAGCUGCCCUGUAUGCUGUAUACGUCACCUUGAUUAGGAAGAAACUACCCGGUGAUGAUGAAGAGCAAGGUCAAGUCAGCAUGGCUAAGUUCCUUGGAUACCUGGGGUUGUUUAACCUCGUGCUAUUCCUUCCUGUUGCCCUGGUGCUUCAUUUUGCUAAGCUGGAGCCGUUUACUAGUAAAGGUUUGUUAGAUAAUGUGCUGAGCGAUUACUUGUGGGCCAAAGCCGUUCUUCUGACUUCUACCACCGUCGCAACAGCUGGUCUUACCAUACAAGUUCCGUUGGCAGCUGUUGUAGAAUCAUUGACUGGCUAGGCGCCUCAUCUCAUGGAGUGCCUCGGCACAGUUGCGGUCCUGAUUGGAUUUGCAGGCAUCAUAAUGCCUUCUGAUGCUUUCAGCAGAUCAACAGAAGCCAGUGUUGAUCUCGAAAAUGAAGACAUUGGUAACCAAGACCAUGCUUCUUCGCAUGCUGACUGCUGAGAAAUCGCAACCGUGUGUGGAUAUUUUUAUCCAGUUUAUUGCAAGGCAUGUGCUAUUCAGGCUCAACGAUCCACCCAUGCAUGCAGAAGAGUCCUUCCUUACAGACGAAGAGUUUGAGUUCUUUAAUCUUAUGGAAGUUUACCAUACAAUGAUCUCACUAUCAGCUAACUUUAACGUACUUUGGCAGUCCAAGCACCAUUCAGAUGUUGGAAUGCUUAAGGGACUAGUUUCUUCUGUUGUCAAGGAGCUGGUUGUUGCUAUAGGUUGUCUUCUAGACAUAGAAUACGAGGUUAUUGAGGAGGACCUAGAAAGUUUGUAGCAUUUGUUGCUUGUACACUUGGCUACGGGGCUUUCUGUAAAUGAUUCAUCUGACAGAAACUCAUUAAUAGGCAAGAUACUCGACCUAGGAUGCCAGCUUGUCAGUCUCUUCAGUGAACUUCGCCAGGUGAGCAAUGUCAUUUUUUCUCUUAGUAAAGCUGCGAGGCUCUUAGCAAAUUGGGAGGUUAAUGAUAAGAACAAUCCUAAAAUGGUUGUUGGCACUCAUGCCUCAUAUGAUGCAUAUGUUAACUCAGUGGGAACGUUACUGUGCUCGCCAGAAUUUAAGGUGGCUGUUCAUAAAGCUAUCUCAUCCAUACCAGAGGGGCAAGCAAGUGGAUGCAGUCAGCAGUUGGCAGAUGCUAUAUCAGAAUCUCUGAUAUGGAUGAAACUUUGUUGCUCCAAGAAUGUUGGAGAAGGAUCUGGCUGCGUGAAUUUACGAAGAUGUGCUAUAAUUAGCUUCAACCUGCACUGUGAAUUGUUGGGCAAAGGGUUUUCUGAGAUAUACAGUUGUUUACUAGAUUCCAUCACUGUGACAGCCAGCACCAGUGUGGCAGUUGGAUCUUGUAUAAACAACUUGAUGGCAGUAAUACGUCUUAGUUUGAGUACUUUGGUUGAACCACAGUUGGGAAGCUUAAGUGAGUUCCUGUUGUCAUUAUCAAAGAGUAAUUUUGAUAAGAAAUUGAUUAAUAACAUUUUGUCAAUGAAGCUUGGCUUGUCCAGCCAUUGGGCUUUUGUGUUCUUCUUUCGAUUGUACUUGUCAUGUUGAAGCCUAUACAGACAAGCAAUAAGCCUUAUGCUCCCAAAUUCAUCAAUAAAGAUGUCAGCUUUCAUGGGCGAUUCAUUUACAUCAUGUUCUGGAAAAGAUUGGACUUAGAGGGAUGAUUUGCCAGAUGAUGGCUAUUUUUCAUGGGUUGUCAAACCUUCAGCUUCUGUUCUGACUGUCAUUCAAUCUGUAUCCGAUAUUUAUCUUCAAAAUGGUGUUGCGGAUUGCUGUUGUCUGGUUUACAUAUUGCAUGCCAUGGCACUUCAGAGGCUGGCUGAUUUGAACAGGCAGAUAAAAUCUGCCAGGUAUGUGCCACAGAGCAAGAAGGAAAUGCUGCUUAACAUCUCCCUUGACGUUGCAGACCAUUCCACUCUGUGCUGAAAAUGUCAAAAGUGGGAAGAGAAUAUUGUAAACUUGAGACAAGAAGCACAGGGCCUCUCUGAUUUCAUAAUGAGAUGCCCAACUUCUCUGGUGAAUGAUCCAUUAUUCUCCACUUAUUCUGAGGCAAGCACUAAUACAUGUGCCCAGUCUCCACACGUAAGUUAUCAGUGGGAUUUUGGUCUAGGCUCUAUAAAUGAAAAAACAUUGCUCACUGCAAUUUGGUGGAUCAUAAGCCAGAGCAUAGAUAUCUGGUGUAUUCAUGCUUCUAAAAAGAACAUGAAGAUUUUCCUCUACAUUUUGAUCCAAUCUUCUCUUCCUGCUAUAACUGAAAGUCUUUUCAAGCGCAAAACUCCCAGUGAGAUGCUCUACAAGUCGGUGCACCAAAUCUCAUAUGAAGUUCUACACGACUCUACUUUUCAUGAGCAUAGAGUAAGAAAUUGCCCAUGGUCUUCCUAUGAUUUGAUUACUAAUUUUAUGUUUAGUUGCAAAAGCAUGUCGACGAGAGGAUUUUCUCGUUGUGUUUUCAUGUGUCUUUGUCUGCCGAAAUGUCCUUUUCUUUACUGUUUACACUUCUUUACUUAUCGUUAUUUUGUGUUGGUAUCAAUAAUUGCCUAGGAAUUUUAAUCGUCUUUUGAAUUAGUUGUCCAUAGGCACUUGGCAUCAAGGCUUUGUUGUGUGAUGGAGCAGUUAGCAGGGUCAUCAUUUCGCCAUGCUUCAUCUGGGAAAGUUCAUCUCUGCUCAUCACCUAAUUGGUCUCAUUGCCUGAUUAAACUUCAGAAGUCAUUAUCGGUCGAUUCAUGCAGCAAAUGCCACAGCUAUUAUUCGAAGCGGACUGCUCCCUCAUUCAAUAAAGAGACAAUUGUUGAUUGCACUGAAAUAAGAGCAUCUCAAAGCAUGAUUUUUGCUGUUUGCAUUGGAUUUGUUUAAUCUUUUUAGUCGGAUGCCAAAAGACUACUUAAGUUCGAGAUCAUUCAAGCGCUAUGCAACUCACAUUAUUAACGUUGAAAGCUAGCAGCUUACUGGAUUUUCCAGGUGCCCCAUUCUCAUCGAAGCAUAGGAGAGACAAAUUUAGUUGAACCAGGUUCAUGUUGGGAUUCUUCUACACAUUCUGAAGCUUGGAAAAGCAUCUGCCUUGUUGCACAGAGUAUGAAAGAAGAGACACAAAGCUUAUUUUGUUCUCUAGAAGACUCU